AUUCUGGCCAGGGCCAAUAUACACACUCCCAACCCGCCAGUGGAACUCCAUCUAAGGAACGAGCACACUCCUCGUCUGCCACCAUAGACCAACGAGCACACAACCCAUCCGCCAUGGCUGACCAACUAACAGAGGAGCAGAUUGCAGAGUUCAAGGAGGCGUUCUCCUUAUUCGACAAGGACGGCGACGGCACCAUCACCACCAAGGAGCUGGGCACCGUCAUGAGGUCGCUGGGCCAGAACCCCACAGAGGCGGAGCUGCAGGACAUGAUCAACGAGGUGGACGCCGACGGUAACGGAACCAUCGACUUCCCAGAGUUCCUCACCAUGAUGGCCAGAAAAAUGAAGGACACGGACAGCGAGGAGGAGAUCCGCGAGGCGUUCCGGGUAUUCGACAAGGACGGAAACGGCUACAUCAGCGCCGCCGAGCUCCGCCACGUCAUGACGAACCUGGGGGAGAAGCUGACGGACGAGGAGGUGGACGAGAUGAUCCGAGAAGCGGACAUCGACGGGGACGGACAGGUCAACUACGAAGAGUUUGUACAGAUGAUGACUGCAAAGUGAAGCUCGCCCGCCCCGCCCCCCCCUCUUAGAAGACAAAAAAAAAGUUUUACUUACUCUCUUGGGAAAAAAGAAGAAGAUGUUCAUUUAUUCAUACCGUUUCUGUUUAGAAAAAUAACUGAAUGUUGAAAUAAAUAAAUAAAUCCUUCUGUCCACACGGGGCAAAAAAAUAUUACAACAACAAAAAAAUAUACAAAAAUAUCUGCAUGAAAAAUGAUGGUUAGUGAUCCCCUCCCCCCACCCCCCGGAGAUCAGUUUAGCAUCAGUACUAAAUAACAAUAACAACAACGAACCCUGUAACUACUUUGAGAAGGACGCAGCGGCGCCGGGGGAACGCCUCCCGGGCCCGUGAGCUGCUGCCGGACGUCGGGCUGGCCAUCUCUUUCUUUCCGUCUGUUUUCUGUUCUUCAUGCAUGCAGCUUGAGACCGGAGCUCCCCCCCCACCCUCCCUCACCCCCCCCACCCCCCUCCUCCGGGCUACCAGAGCGUGCUGAUUCCACAAUGCGCUGUCCUCUUGUUGGUUUGGUACAGGUUUUUUUUGAGCCCCUCCAGGUUCUGGUUCUGACCGGCGUUAAAGUGGAAUGGGACUUAAUCAUAUGCUAGAUAAAUAAAAUUGAAAAAAAGGGAGAGAGAAGGAAAAACUAAUGUACAAAAAAAAAAUACAUUUUCAAAUGUUUGGCAUGUUUUUGUUACGUUUUAUUCGGACGGCCAUCUUAGUAGUUGUGCGUCCCGCCCUGUGUUGAAGGGGGGGGGGGGGGGGGCACCUGAAGAGUCUUACGUGAGCUUUCUGAUCUGUUUCGAUGGAGCGCCGGUCCUCUUUUCUUUGCGAGAGAGAGAGACUCGCCGGCCUCUCCCCUCCUGCUUCUCGACUCGGGCGGCGGUGCACGCCGUUCGAGGGGGGCGUCGGCACGCCGCCGGUCUUUCCGCAAAACCGUCCUCCGCCCGAGUUCAGUUUACAUUCAUUCCAAGUUGUACAUGCUAGUCUUUUUUUUUUUUUUUUUCAAAUAAAAGACCAUGAACUUUAA